CGACUGACCGUCGUGUCCCCGCCGGGCGGAGUUCGACUACAAUCAGAGAGACAAAGACAAGUGAUGGACCUACUGUAACCGGUACCGGACGGGACGCUGCUAGAGGACUGUGGAACGGAACCGGUCGGUGCUGGAGUUUCACCGCACGACAGAGCCACUCGCCGUGAACAGCUGUUGCUCGUUUGUUUACUUUCUCACAAGCGAGGACGGCGUGGAGUUUGGGGGGGAUGCUGAAAACGAUGAGACCGCCCCACCCGGGCCAGCUCGUGGACCCUGUGUUCCAAGUGAGGAGAUCAUCUACCCCGUUGUCGUCUCGAUGAAGGUCUCAUUCUGACAAAAGUAAAGGGCCACUUUAGGGCCAGGAGGUGGAGUCGUAUCCCUCCUCUGUUAUCUUGUUUUAUCCCCUGAGAAGACUAUCGUCCCCCUUCAGUCUUUAAGAUGGAGCUGUUCUUUAAUCCCUUCGACAACUUGGUGUGUAUCCUCCUUGGGAUUUCCUUCACGGUGUGGUUCACCCUGCUGCUGGUCUUCAUUAUUGUGCCGGCAAUCCUCGGGGUUUCCUUCGGCAUCCGGCGGAUCUACAUGAAAACAUUGUUAAAGAUCUUUGAGUGGGCCACACUAAGGAUAGAGAGGGGAGCAAAAGAGAAAAACCACCUCCUGUACAAACCCUACUCUAAUGCCAUCAUCGCCAAGGAGCCCACGUCCUUAGAAGAAGAAAUUAAAGAGAUCCGCCGCAGCGGCAGCAACAGAGACUUGGAUUCUGCUUCUGAAUUCGAGAUGUCUGAUAUUUUCUACUUUGCUCGGAGAGGAGUGGAAAGCAUUAUGGACGAUGAGGUGACCAAGAGGUUCUCCGCUGAGGAGUUGGAGUCCUGGAAUCUGCUGACACGCAGUAACAACAACUUCCACUACAUCAGUCUGAGAUUGACUGUCUUAUGGGGUCUGGGCCUGCUAAUCCGCUAUGGUUUACUGCUGCCUCUCAGGGUAACACUUGCCUUCACUGGUGUCGGUCUCCUCGUGUUCCUCACCUCUAUCAUUGGCCUGCUGCCCAAUGGAAGAGUGAAAAACCUUCUGAGCGAGAAGGUUCAUUUAAUGUGCUACCGAAUUUGUGUCCGAGCUCUGACUGCCAUCAUCACUUACCAUGACAGUGAGAACAAACCCAAAAAUGGAGGUAUAUGCGUGGCCAACCACACGUCACCAAUUGAUGUCAUAAUCCUGGCCAGUGAUGGCUGCUAUGCAAUGGUGGGUCAAAUUCACGGGGGCUUGAUGGGAGUCAUUCAGAGGUCCAUGGUCAAGGCUUGUCCUCACAUUUGGUUUGAGCGAUCAGAGGUGAAAGACAGGCAUCUAGUGGCCAAAAGGUUGAACGACCAUAUAGAAGACAAAACUAAGCUUCCGAUUCUAAUAUUCCCAGAAGGUACCUGCAUUAACAACACAUCGGUCAUGAUGUUCAAGAAGGGCAGCUUUGAGAUCGGUGCUACUGUCUACCCGGUGGCCAUCAAGUAUGAUCCAAGAUUUGGAGAUGCAUUCUGGAACAGCAGCAAGUUCGGAAUGGUCAACUACCUCCUGCGAAUGAUGAGUAGCUGGGCAAUCGUGUGCAGUGUGUGGUACCUUCCUCCCAUGUCCAGAGAGGAAGGGGAGGAUGCUGUUCAAUUUGCCAAUCGUGUGAAAGCAGCCAUUGCCAGACAAGGUGGACUGGUGGACCUGCUAUGGGAUGGGGGUCUGAAGCGGGCAAAAGUAAAAGACACCUUCAAAGAAGAACAGCAGAAGCUCUACAGCAAGAUGCUCGUAGGCACCCAGGAAGACCGCAGUCGCUCCUGAACCACCUGCAUGACGGACUUGAUAAACUCCUACUAGUGCAUCUCUGCAUCUAACAAGGUGGUCAGCAGGGAGUCCAGCACUGGAACUCCCCUCCUUGCUGCCAGCCCUGCUCCAUAUUGGCUUCCUGGGUCACUGCCACAGCCAGGUUUGUUGAGUUUGCUUCGUGGUUACGGGUCACUCGUGAGUCUGCUGCCCUCUGGACCAUGAGAAGGGGAGACACGAAGCGUUGUCUUCCUUGGUGGCAGUUUUUGGGGGUCAAACCUGUAUGGAUGGUCCCGAAGCUCCUGUCUUAGAUGAUGUGGUGUCUUAUUUUCAAUGUUACAAUCAUACUUGUAUCCCGGCCGUGUGAGUAACACGCUGUUCCUGGGACGUAGGAGAGGGGUCGUAGGUCAAGAAAUUUCUGCUCAACAUGAGUUUAGGGCUCGAUGCCAUAUUUUGUUACACUUCUAACAUUAUUUUUUUCUAAGAGUUUGAAAGUGAGUAGCUGCAGAGUACGCUUUUAAAAAACAUGCCAUCACUACAGACAAGUCCUUUAUGUUUACACUUUGUCUCGUAAUUCCACGGAAUGUGAAUAUCGCCACAUUAUGAAGUGGAAUAUUUUUGCAUUAACCCAUCAAAACUCCAUCAUAGCAUAACUGAAGUGCUCCAGAAACACUCCCAACCCACUUGCAGCUACUCCAAAUUGUUGUCAAUGAAUCCGAAUGUUUCCACCCCUCAGCCUGAGGAUCAUGAACAGUUGUUACAUCUGUUAACCAUGUUCAGCUCCUGUCACUCACCCUCUUUAGUUGACAGUCUUCAGGGAAGGUUGUUUGGAUUGUGUCAAACCUGUUCAUCAAAUUAAA